GUCUGGAAAGUAGGGUAAUCGGAUUACUUCCGCGUAUAUUUGCUUAGCAGAAAAAGCAAUAAAGCAAUCAUUUUAACAGUCUUUUUCCAAAGCCAUGGUUUGAAAAUGACAAGCUUGUCCGUGUUCAUUGAUAUCCCGGAGGCGUCUUGUGAAAAAGAAAACUUACUCGAUAAAGCUUUUGCAAAUGAUACAAAUGCUACAAAAGUAUUUCUCGGGCAAAGAGUAUUUUUGUCUGAAAAUGGACAUCCAUGGGUUCCUAGGCCAGUACAAAAAGUUUGUCUUCAAUUACUCAAUGAUCCAACGCUGAAUUAUGAAAUUGAACAAGGACUGGGACCAUCUUCAUUCAUCGAUGGAGCUAGCAAACUAGUUUUUGGGAGAUGCAACAUUGCUCUAAUGGAAAAUAGGGUUGGUGGUAUACAAACGUUGGGUAGUACCGGAGCAUUAAGGGUUGGAGCAGAGUUUCUGGUACAAUGGUACAACACGAAUGUCCAAAAAAAGGCAGUCUGUCUGAUGUUAUCUACCUGUGAUGAAUACAGUCAGAUAUUUAAAGAAUCAGGUUUCACGGAUAUCUAUCCUUAUCGAUUUUGGAACAGGAAAACUAGAUGCCUGUCACUAUCGGACAUGCUGGAAGAUCUUAAGAAAUCCCCCGAUUAUUCCAUUGUCUUCCUGCAAAUAGCUUGCUGUCCGACUGGAAUUGAAAUAACAAACAAGGAUUGGUUAGUAAUUGCCACUCUAAUGAAGGAAAAGAACAUGUUUCCAUUUUUUCACUUGAAAGCACAAGGUUUGGCAUCUGGAGAUGUGGAUAAAGACGUCUGGCCAAUACGCUACUUUGUUGAUGAAGGUUUUGAACUGUUCUGUGCCCAGUCCUUUUCUACAAACUUUGGACUGUACGGCGAGAGAGUUGGGAGUCUACUAGCAGUUUUGAGGAGUAAUGAGGUGCUCAUCUCUGUCCGGUCCCAGCUAGAGAGGAUUCUUCAUGUCAAGGCUUUAGAGCCACCAGCUUUUGGGUCAAGAUUAGUAUCUACAGUCCUGAAUAAUGCAUCUUAUUGCACACAGUGGAAGGAGAGCCUAAAGCUGGCAGUCCGGAGACUCAUGCUAAUCAGGGCAAAAAUGAACGAGAGACUUAAAGUUCUUGGAAGCUGGGAGUCUUGGGAGCAUAUCACUCAGCAGACUGGUCCAUUUACUUACACUGGGUUAACACCUGCUCGAAUAGAUUUCCUGGCUAAGGAAAAACACAUCUAUUUAAAAGCAGAUGGAAGUAUGAACAUCACAUGCUUGAAUCCCCAAAAUCUUGAAUAUGUUAUGCAAUGCAUACUUGAGACUACCCAUCAGAUCCCAGAGGAGGACAGUCAAAGUGAUUAAAAUAGUUGCAACUUUUACAACAAAGAGGCAGGAAAUGUUACAUUAAAGGAAUCAAAGCAACAGACAUUCAGAAUUGCUUUCCUUUGAAUUGGUUAUAUAAUACAUAUCCUCAAUAUAAUGCAAGCUAAUGUUUGGUUCUUUUUAAACACUUCAGUACAAGUUAUUUGGAAAACAAACAGGCUGCUAGAAUUCUGUUUGCUUACUGUUUUUUUGUUUUUGUAUUUUCUUUUGAAGUUAUUUCUUUUUUGGACAGUUUUAGAACCAAUAUUCAAUGCAGAAUAGAGCAGAACAUGCUCACAAGCCUGUAAUUAGCAAUCUUAUUGCAUGUUUUGCUUCCACAAUGACUGGAUAUUUAAUUUGACAUAUGUGUUAAAGGGACAGUAUAGUCACCAGAAUCGCUACAGCUUAAUGUAGUGGUUCUGGUGUCUAUAGCAUAUCCCUGCAGGCUGAGCAAUGUAAACAAUGCCUUUUAUGAGAAUUUGUUCCACAAAUAAAGCUCUGAAACACAGAAUAAAUAAGCAUGCUUAUCCAUCGUCCGGUUUGUUUCUUCAUGAUAUGUCCAUAUGACACUUUUGAGUUUCAGAACUCAAACAAACUGUCUAUCGGCC